GUUGAGGAUUUAUUAAGCAACAAAACCGCAAUCUGAAGGCCUUUUGUAAUAUAGGUUUUUGUUAUGUAAAAUAUUGAGAUUUAGAUUUUCUAUGCAUUUUAUGUUGUGCUGAUAAACUUUAAAAUUUAACAACAUUAGCUGUAAGUAUUUGAAUUUACAGAAAUAUACUGGUGCAUGGAAGAUGUUUAAUAUUAUUAAAUGGUGUAUUUACCAAUACAAAAUACCCUUUUUUAUGUUUUGAAAAUUUCUUCUCAGAAGAGUAUUUUCGUUUUGUCAGAUUUUAUUUUCUAUUUAUAAACCCUCCAACUUGUUUUGCUAAUAAGAAAAAUAAUCUAAUUUCUCGACGUUAAAAAAAUUGACUGGAAAAAUUUGAAUAAAAAGAAAAAUAGACCUCUAACAUACGGCUUCUCAUGGUGCAUGGUUAUUGGAAGAUGUUUAAUAUUAAUUAAUGGUGUAUUUACUACUAAUAAUAUAUAUAUAUAUAUAUAUAUAUAUAUUUUUUAAAACAAAAUACUAAUCAUUCAAAAGAGUAUAUAUUUUUAUUCGUUUUAUCAGAUUUUAAGAGGUAGAGAUGUUGGGCGGUGUUAUCAUUAAAUAACAUCUUGGUUUAAUACGCUUUCUUCCACGUGUCUUUUCAUUAUCCAUUCACAUAACACUUACGGACGGCUAAAUAAGCGAGUUAACCAAUCAGAGGGCGUGUUUCUAUCUUAUACGCGUUUUACGAGAACUGAGUUGCCAAAAUUCAAAUUUUAAAAUAAUAUCCCCAAAACUUUCUUUUGUAUGCUACAAGUUUCUCUGUUUCCAUCAUCUCAAAACUGUUUUGGCUCGUGGAGAUGGAGUUUCACCGAAUGAAGAGGAAGGAACUACAAGCCAUGUGCAUAAAGCAUGGAGUCCCUGCAAAUCUGAAAAAAACCGAGAUGGUUUGUAGACUCACUUCUCUUCUCGAGGAUGGACAGUCAAAGAAUAUGCUUGAGACUACUGUCAAGAAAACUCAAGUUGAGUCUGUUCAAAAGGAGUUAGCUGUCGAAGAAUUUGAUGGUUAUUGCGAAGGCGAGCUUGUCAAGGUUACGUUAUCAGGUAACCAGGAACCCAUACGUACUGAUAUAACUGAGGCAGCAAUGGAGUUAGGCUCUGAGAAACUUUCGCUGCUGGUCACGGAAGCGUACAAGGAUGCAUACGCAAAGAGUCUUGUGAUUAAGGAGGAGGGGGAGAAUGUAGUUGGCAGCAGAAAGGUUAAGAAAGUAAAGUUCAGCCCUGAGUCUGAGAAUCAAGUCUUCGAGUUCACUCGCUCUCUUAAGAAACUUCCUAGGCGUAAGAAUGCUAGAACGUGUAGUAGCCAAGGUGGAGGAAGUAUAGAACUGAGGAGGUCUAAGCGAACCGCGUCUAAGGGGGGGACAGUAGCUGCUGGAUGUAAUGGAAACUCAGCUAGUGGGAUUGUUAAGCCUGAGAAAGUAUCUUCUAGUUUGGUUAAGGAUCAUAAGGUCCCAAGGGGAAAAGAUGAUUCUAAAGUUGAAGUGGUUCUUAGGCGGUCUAAGCGUUUUGCGAAUGACAUCAUCAAGAAUACAAAUGGAACACUUUUAAAUUCAUCGAAAAGAGUUACUAGGAGAAGAGGAGCAUGACUCUAUUAGUCUAGACUUUGGAGAGGGUUUCAAGUCAACAACACACAAGACUAGUAUCAUGUUCUGUUAUGUUCUAUUGUUCUCCUUGUUUUAUUAUCUAUUAGACUGUCGGUUUGUGGUGAAGAAGCUUCAUUUGGUCAGUUUUUGUUGGUGAAGCUUUUGUGGUGGAGAUUCUUUAGUCGGUUUUGGUGUUUGUAAACCCCAUUUUUUCUUGUCUAAUGAUGUUUCUAAAUGUGAUGUGCAGCCAUGCAUACAUGUUAUGUGCACACAUGCAUUCUUAAACGAUAGUAAA